AUGGAACUGAACAAAGAAAUAUUUCAAAAACAGAAGGUAGAAAAAACGAUGGUUUUCAGAAAAGAGAGAUUUAAAAAAGAUAGAUUAAAUAACGAUAGAUUUAAAAACGAUAUAUUUAAAAACGGCAGAUUUAAAAACGAUAGAUUUAAAAACGAUAAAUUUAAAACCGAUAGAUUUAAAAACGAUAUAUUUAAAAACAGUAGAUUUAAAAACGAUAGAUUUAAAAACGAUAUAUUUAAAAACAGUAGAUUUAAAAACGAUAGAUUUAAAAACGAUAUAUUUAAAAUGGUAAAAGAAGGCAGUGAUAAACAGUUAAAACAUCCUAUUAUUACAAAACAAGUUAAUGUUGCCAUAUUGGAAGCUAAAUCAGUAGCUAUUAUGAAUAACCUUCAAAACUCUGAUGACUUGUUGAUGGGUGGAUCAAAAUUGGCAGUAAAUGACAUUACUGAAGAACCAGAAAUUAAGAUCCUACUAAGACCUUGGCUCAUUUCAUGUCACUCUUUAAAACGAUCCGAUAUUAUCAUUAAUCUAUUCUCCAAGAAAUUGAAUGAAUGUGUUGAAAAUUCUCCAAAAAUAUCGGGUGGUACUGAGAAUAAAAAAGUUAUUCCACGAUUAAAACAAUCCAGUUAUGAAGAAGUUUUAACGACGAAAGAAGUAUUGAACAAGCUCAAAGAAGACGAAGACAAAAAGAAAGUUAAGCAGACCAAAGGAAAACGAGUAGCUAUUCCAAGAAAACAAAAGACGAUAAUUUUAAGCAGAUGA